GCGCGCGCGCGCGUGAUGACGUCGACCGUGCGCGAUGACGCAAGCGCGCCGGUGCUGAGCUGGCGAGGCGGAGGAAGAGGAGAGGCAGUGAAGAGGAGGGAGGAGGAGUACAGAGGAGGAGGUGGACGAGGAGGAGCUGAGGAGGACUUCCCCGGGUUUCACUGAGCAGCGGCGGCAGCAGCAGCAGCAAUGGUUCUACGCAAGAAGAACAAGAGUCCGCCCGUGUUGAGCCACGAGUUCAUGAUUCAGAACCACGCGGACAUCGUUUCGUGCGGGGCCAUGCUCAUCGCCCUGGGUCUGGUGUUCGAGGUGACGGCGAAAGUGGCGGUGGUGUUCAUCACGCUGCAGUACAACGUGACGGUGCCCGCCAGCGAGGGGCAGGAGGAGCGCGUCCUCUACCAGUACGGGCCCAAGGACGCGGCGGCAGCCCUCUUCUACGCGUUGCUCAUCAUCGUGUGCCACGCCGUGCUGCAGGAGUACGGCCUCGAUAGGCUCAACAGGCGGUUGCAUCUCUCCAAGACGAAGCACAGCAAGUUCAACGAGUCCGGGCAGCUCGCCGCGUUCUACCUCGUCUCCGUCGGCUGGGCGGCCUACAUCCUUCUGCCCGAGAAUGACGUGACUCGCCCCGCCAGCCUGUGGGAGGGCUACCCGCACACGGAGAUGCCGUUCCUUGUGAAGUUUUUCUUCAUCGGGCAGCUGGCCUACUGGCUGCACGCCAUUCCUGAGCUCUACUUCCAGAAAAUCAAGAAGGAGGAUAUGGCGCGGCAAAUCCAGUACAUCUCGCUCUACCUGAUCCACAUCGCAGCUGCCUACGUGCUCUCGCUAUGGCGGUUGGGGCUGGUGCUGCUGCUGCUGCACUACGCGGUGGAGCUCGUGUUCCACACGGCGCGCAUCCUCUCCUUCUACACGGAGCGCGUGCGCAGACUGUUCACGGUGUGGGCCGUGCUGUUCGUGGUGGCCCGUCUCGCCACGCUCACCCUCACCGUGCUCACCGUGUGGUUCGGACUCGCACGCUCACUUCCCCAGGGGCUCGACCUGGCGACCGGCAACUUCAACACGGUCACCGUGCGGAUGAGCACGCUGGCCGCCGUGUGCCUCACCCAGGUGUGGAUGAUGUGGCGGUUCCUCAACUUCCAGCUCCGGCGGUGGCGUGAGAGCCGCCACGCCGCCCAGGCCGCCGCCGCCGGCGCCCGCAAGGCCGGCGGCGGCCAGGGGGCUGGGGGCCCCCAGCUGCGCUCGGGCAAGAGCCGCAAAGACGCCGCAUCGCACGUGAACGGAGCGGCCAAGAGCGAGGGCGACGCGUCCCCUCGCGCCCUCGCCAAGAAACAGAAGUCUCAGUGAAGGGGGCUGACGGGGACCGCCGUCGUGAUGCCCACGGGUUGCGAGGGGUGGGGGGUGGGGGGGGGGAGGCAUUGCCCCCCUCCCCCCGCACCGUUGCCGACCGUCCGCGACAUCGACGCCGUCCGCCCGUCCGCCUCUCUACCCACGUGUCUGUCAGUUUGUUAGUUCGUCCGUGCGUGCGCGUUGUACCUCUGCAUAAACGCGUGCACGCACGCGCUCUGCUCGCUUACACGUUCACCAAAAACCCUUGUGCACAUUCGCUUACACGCGCGCACGCACGCACGUUCACUUACAUGCACACGGAAGCAAAGACGCUGACACGCACGUUCACUUACACACACACACACACACGGAAACACGCACUCACCUGGCCGUCCAGUCGGCCCGUGCCUGCGUUUGCUUUGUCCUGUGUAGAUGCUAAUCGGAGUUUGUCGUUGUGUGUGUGCGCGCGCGUGUUAGCGUUGCGCGCGAGAGUUAGUGUGCGCGUGUGUGUGUGUGUUAGUGUGCGUGCGCGUGCGUGUGUGUGUGUGUGUGUGAGCCACAAGGAAAAGGGGUUGGCUGUGUGUGUGCGAGUGCCUGCGUGUCUGUGAGGCUCUGUGUGUGCGUGACCGCCUGAGGCCAUGUGUGUGUGUGGCGCGUGUACGUUCGUCUGCGAGUCCCCCCCCGUGCGAUUGUUAUUGUGGCCGGGUGUGCCGAUGAGUCGGGCACGGGACUCAUCGGCGUGACAACUCAAGAGGUACUCUGCCCGUCAGCCCCGCAAGCUACUGGGACCUGGUGCGCGCCACUCGCGCCACGCCUUGCCCUCGACUCAACGCGCCUAUUCAUUGAGCUCGCCUCCCCGGCCUGCGAGAACAAAUCGACGACUUGCAAUCGGUCAUUGACGGAUCGCCGAUCACGUUUCGAGUGCGGUGGUGCGCUUGUCCGACUCGAUUAUUUUCGAUUGCCCCCGUAUGUUACGGGCGCUGCAGUGCGUGGCGGGGGGGUGAGGACCCCCUUGCAACCACUCGGGGCGCGAUAUUUUAAAAUCACGGUCGUGAAAUUCAAAACUCACGACCUCCCACCCCUCCCACCCGCCCACCCACCGUCCUCUCCAGAAGCGCGAGUUUUGUCAGCAUGGCCCACUCACCUCUACUGAGCCAGGGAGGAUGAGGCCACGAGGUGAGGGACGUGGUUAAUAAUGGCCACCACGACCCCAUCUCGGGCCCACCUUAAUGAAUAAUGCACAAAUAAUUCAAUGUUAUUUGGCAACCAACAUACGCAUAAUUGUCCCUCCCUCGGCGGAGAUCCGUACCGCCAGCAGUGGCCUGAGCAAGCGGAUUGCAGGGCUGCGCCUUUAUAGCCGGCGGUGGGAGGUUUACCAUAUCCUCGCGGUCGUGACACCCGCUCGUGCGUCUCCGCCGGAUCGAUCGUGAGACGCGUGCCCACCGGAUUGUAAAUACGCGAGCCGUGUGGAUCGUAAGACGCCCCGCCAGAUGGAUCGCAAGACGCCCGGUGUUUGUGUCUGGGCAGGAUCACGUGCGCGCGCGCGCGCAUAUACUACACUCGUACACAGAGAUAACGAUCCUCCUCUUCCCCCGCCCCUCCCCGUAGAGCCUUCGAUAGACUUGGAGCAAAGUGCUGUUGGCUAAUAGCGCCUCCUGCGAUGUCAGGCGCGGCACACGACGCAGCCAGGCUCGGGCCCGCCUUUGUCUCCCUCGCGGCGAUGUAAACGCACCUCGGGGGAGGCCCGGUGACCGCUGUUUAGAUACUCGUCAACCGCUGCUGGUGGCGGUGAAGCGGAGGAUUGGGAUGCGCUAACCGCAGCGCCACCGCUCCCCCCCCUCCCCCUUCCCACAACAUCGAACACCACGCGGGCCAACGUAGCCAGCCAGCCGGAUCGUGAGACGCGCACCCAUAAUUGUUUUUCCUUUUACGAUUCCUUUUAAAAUCGUGGCUUGCCGAGCACAAGGGGGGCGGGGGGUGGGGGAGCAAUGGGCCCGACACGCCGAGUGACCAGCGACGUGCCGCGCCGUUGACGUUUUAAUUGAUAAGAGCACGAUUUUAAUACGAGAGCUUGAGAAGAAAGGGAGACGGGUUUGUGCGAAUGUUGAACAACUUUACCACCGUACGUAUCCAGUUGUGCUAAUCGGGGGAGUGCGGGGGGGGGACAACAGGGUGAGUGUCUACCUGGGCGAGGUGAUGUGGCGAGUGUCUACCUGGGCGAGUGUCUACCUGGGCGAGUGUCUACCUGGGCGAGGUGCCUACCUGGGCUGCUACCAACUGCGCGUGGGGUCUCUCCGUGGGUUGCUUGUAAACGGCUCUCGAGUUGCGCGUUUCCUUGCCGACGUUUCGGCUCCACGUGCCUGGACACAGCACCUGGACACAGCACCUGGAGCGCUACCUGGCCCGGGUUGGGGUUAGAGGACGGGGGAGAGACGGGCGGGCGGGGUUAGGAUACGGGGAGUGUGUUGGCGGAGUGGGGGGGCGGCGGUGAUGCUGGUUGGUUAUGGGCAAGAUUCUGGCGUUUGACCUGCAGCCAACGAUCUCGAGCGUGCGUCUGAUGUUGUUUGUGUGUGGUGUGUGUGGCGUCGAUGAGACAAUACAACUGUGGCCUGCCACCUUUCCCAAACGG